AUGGCGGAACACAAGGAACGACACAUUUUACAUCUUCCAGCAAGGGAAGCUAAGCAAUUUAUAGAUUCCUUCGACACCGUUCUACUCGAUUGUGAUGGUGUUCUCUGGACCGUGUUCGAACAGAUAGAGGGUGCCGGUGCAGCGCUGCAGCUAUUUAGGGAACACGGCAAACGUGUCAAGUUCAUCACCAACAACAGUGUACGACCGUUUGCGAGCUACCAACAGCAAUUGCACGCACUGGGAGUUGAUGUGAUGGAAGCGGACAUUAUACACCCGGCACGCUCUAUCGUGCAAUAUCUAAAGUCGCAACAAUUCGAAGGCUUAAUCUACUGUCUCGGUACGGAGAACUUCAAAGCUACCUUGCGGCAGGCCGGAUUUCAGCUAAUCGAUGGCCCGGCACAACCGCUGCCGGAAUCGUUCCAUCAGAUUAUUGCCACCGUGCACGAUGGGGCACCGGUCAGGGCGGUCAUCGUGGACAUUGACUUUAACGCCAACUAUCCGAAGCUGAUGCGGGCCGAGAUGUAUCUAAAGCGUUCGGCGAAUUGUUUACUGAUAGCGGGUGCCUCCGACAGGACGAUUCACGUGCGGGAUGGCUGCGAAAUCAUUGGGCCGGGAUGCUUUGUGGAGAUAUUGGAGCAAGCUGUUGGCAGGCGAGCAGUUUUGCUCGGUAAGCCCGGUUACCAUCUGCGGGCUGGGGUUGUACAGGAGUACGGGUUGGAACAACCGGCACGGACAUUGCUGGUUGGUGAUAUGCUGGAGCAAGAUAUGGCGUUUGGAUCGUUGUGUGGAUUCCAGAAGUUGCUAGUCCUGUCCGGAGGUACAACAAAGGCACAGAUGCUGCAGGCAUGCAACACACUGCAGGAACCAGACUGUUACGCCGAUAGUUUGGCUGAUUUCGUCCGCUUGUUUGAGAGAAUAAACGAUUUAUAG